AACUCUACUUAAAGUACAGCUCUCCAUGUAUUGGACCUCAUUACAACAACUUAAGAAAUCCCAUAAUUUCUCAAGAAGCUAAACAACUACCCCGAAAGAUGAAACUAUCAGCAUGGCUGCAACCUUUCAUCACCUUUCUCUUACCCUUGAUCUUAACUUUCUUUCUUUUCCAUCGAUUUUUGGCUAAAAAACCAAGUAAAAAAAACCUCCCACCCUCUCCGCUAAGGCUACCAAUCAUUGGCCAUAUGCAUAAACUUGGAACCUUACCGCACCGUCCACUCCUCAGCUUGUCCAAAAAAUAUGGACCACUCAUGUUACUUCACCUCGGAAGCAUUCCAACUCUGAUUGUUUCGUCUGCCGAGGCGGCUGAAGAGGUCAUGAAAACUCACGAUCUCAAGUUCGCGGACAGGGUUCGAACCUAUGCUAAUGAGAAGCUUCUGUAUUGUUACAAGGACGUGGGUAUGGCGCCUUAUGGCGAGUACUGGAGAAAAAUGAAAAGCUUUUGUGUCGUCCAGCUUUUGAGCAACAAAAGGGUUCAAGAUAUGGGAACAAUAAGAGAGGAAGAAGCGGCUCUGUUGGUUAAUAAGAUUGUUGAGUCUAAUUCUUCGGUUGUGGACUUGAGUGAAAUGUUGGUAACGCUCACUAAUAAUGUUGUUUCUACAGCGGCUUUGGGUAGAAAAGUUGAUCAAGGGGGGAGUGGGAGGAAGUUGUGGAUGUUGAUGAAGGAAACAGAGGAAUUACUUGGCCGAUUUGAUGUGGGAACGUUUAUUCCGUGGCUUUCAUGGAUCAAUACAGUUUCAGGUUUUAAUGCCAGAGUGGAUAAAGUUGCAGAGGAGAAUGAUGAGUUUUUUGAACGGAUAUUGGAAGAGCGGAUGAAGGGUGAGAAAGUUGAAGAAACAGAGGAUUUUCUUGAUGUUUUGCUCGGGAUAGACAAGGAUGCCCCCGGUGGCUUUGACAUUGAUAGAGAUAGCAUCAAAGCUCUGAUCCUGGAUAUUAUUGCUGGUGGUACCGACACUACCCACACAGCUCUGGAAUGGACAAUGACAGAACUUUUAAGGCACCCGAAAGUCAUGAAGCAAGUACAAAUUGAGGUGAGGAAUACUCUCAGAGGCAAAUCCAACAUAACUUAUCCGGAUGACUUUGAAAACAUGCACUACUUGAAAGCGGUGAUUAAAGAGACAUUGCGAAUCCAUCCACCACUCCCAUUACUAAUCCCUCGAGUUGCAAGACAAGAUGUGAAGUUUAUGGGCUAUGAUAUUGCAGCUGGAACAAUGGUUAUUAUCAACGCCUGGGGGAUCGGAAGGGACCCUACUUUGUGGGAUGAACCGGAUGAAUUUAGGCCAGAAAGGUUCUUGAAUUCAACAAUAGAUUACAAAGGUCAUGACUUCGAGUUGAUUCCAUUUGGCGCUGGAAGGAGGGGUUGUCCCGGGAUAAAUUUUGCCAUGUCGACUUAUGAGUUUGUGUUGGCAAAUCUUCUGCACAAGUUUGAGUGGGAACUCCCUAAUGGAAUGAAGUGUGAUGAGCUGAAUAUGGAUGAGUGUGCUGGCCUUACUGUUCACAAAAAAGUACCUCUUCUUGUCGUUGCACGUCCAUUAUCUAGUUAACUAGCUUGUCCUUAUCCUUCUACCAUGUUCUGCUUGGAUGAUUUUCAUUAUUGAAUAUUGAAGAAACAUGUAUGAUGGAUGGAUCCUCUUUGCCGUCCAUUUAAUAAUUUAAAAAAUGUAAGGUGAAGAAAUAAAGAUAUUUAAGUAGCAUUUGAUUGUAGCAUGAUCUCAGGAUAUAGCCUAAGUUUUGGUUCAGUUUUCUUUAUGUAUAAGAAAAUUACAACAGCAAAUAGAUCA